AUGGCAACCUCACUACGGAACAUUAUUGUUGUUGGCGGCUCGUUCGUCGGACGUGCGACAGCUCAGGAGCUCGCACGUGUGAUCCCCCCGACCCACCGAGUUCUCUUGACCGAACCUCAUACUCACUUCCACAAUCUUUUCAUCUUUCCACGGUUCGCAAUUGUCCCGGGACAUGAACAUAAAGCGUUUAUUCCCUACACUGGGAUCUUCAAUGACUCGCCCAAUCCCUCCUCCCAUGGGAUAGUCCCGGAUCGUGUUGUGUCGGUCAAGCCCACCCAUAUUCAGUUGGACCGUGAAUGGCAAGGCUCGAAAGAGGUGCCUUUCGACUAUGUCGUCCUUGCGACUGGUACCCGUCUCUCUAAGCCUGCGGGUAUGGACAAUGAUGACAAGGCAUCGUCGGUCAACUAUCUGCAAAAGCACCAAGCUGGCGUGAAAAAGUCCCAGUCCAUUCUGAUUGUCGGUGGCGGUGCUGUUGGUGUUCAAAUGGCCACCGAUCUAAAAGAAUAUUAUCCAGAGAAGGAGGUCACCUUGGUGCAAUCUAGGCCGCGGGUGAUGCCAAGCUUCCACCCUGGACUCCAUGACCUUGUUAAGAAACGAUUUGAUGAGCUGGGUGUCCGACUUAUCACUGGUGCUCGAGUCACUGUCCCACCGAGUGGAUUCCCGAAUGAUGGCAGCACCUUUGAUGUUCAGCUCAAAAAUGGUACCACUGAGUCCACACAAUUCGUCAUCUUGGCCACCGGACAAACCCCAAAUAGCCAAAUAGUGGCUGACUUGAAGCCUUCUCGCCCGGAUGGCGAAUCAGUGAUCAAUCCGGAUAACGGAUAUAUCCGCAUUAGACCCACUAUGCAGUUCUUGGACGAGCAGUAUUCGAACAUGUUUGCUGUGGGUGAUAUUGCAGAUACCGGUGCCCAAAAGGCUGCUCGGCCAGGCUUGGGCCAUGCAGCGGUUGUCGCGAAAAACAUCCAGGCUCUGAUUGAAGGCCGCGCUCCCGAGGACACAUUUGUGAAGGGACCUGGGGCUAUUCAUUUAACACUCGGCAUGAAACAUAAUGUGAUUUUCCGCAAUCCCAAUACCGCAGAGGGCCAGACAGAGCCUUGGAUCAACCCAAAGGAUGAUGGCCAAGAGGAUAUGAAUGCGGGAGGUAUGUGGGAGAGGCUGGGUGUCUCGGUUGAUGAUCCUCGUCAAUACCACCUGUAG